AGAAUCUGAACUGGACAAUUAUAGCAUCUUUUGCCUAACAACUAGAACAAAUUUCCAGUAUGGAGUGGAAAGGAAGGCUAGUGAUCCAGUUGUUAAUGUUAGUAUUUGUGCUGGAAGUUAGUUUUUGCCAGCACUGGUCAUAUGGUUGGCUUCCUGGUGGGAAAAGAAAUGUCGGGGAAGUAGAGGCAACAUUCAGGAUGAUGGAUGCUGGUGACACAGUCCUCUCUAUUCCUGCCGAAUCUCCGCUGGAGAAGUUUUCUCCAAUGCACACAGUGAAUGAGGUGGACGCUGAAGGUUUGCCUCUGAAGGUACAUAGAUUUCCCAACAGACGAGGAAGAAUGUAAAAGAUGAAGAUAAACCUGUUUAAUUAAAACUUCUUCUUACUGAGUCCUGAUAAAAUAUCAUCCUUACCUGAUUUUAAUAAAUGUAGUACUAGAGUUACU